CUGCCUGGUUCACAGAAGAAGAAAAAAAAGAUUACGCUUUGACCAAGUGUCCUCUGAGCUAAUCUUUAGAGACGCGUUGAGCUACCAACACUGUAGUGUUGAACGGGAAGACUCCUAAGUUUAGAAAUGGCUGGAACAAUUGCACGGAAAACAAUUGACUAUGUGAAAAGCAAAGACUUCAGGGACUAUUUGAUGAGCACACAUUUUUGGGGUCCAGUAGCAAACUGGGGUCUUCCUGUGGCAGCCAUCUCAGAUAUGAAGAAGAGUCCUGAGAUUAUCAGUGGCAGAAUGACUUUUGCUCUGACUUGCUAUUCACUGCUCUUCAUGCGGUUCGCCUACAAGGUGCAGCCGCGCAAUUGGCUGCUGUUUGCUUGCCAUCUCACCAAUGAAACGGCACAGCUUAUCCAGGGUAGCAGGCUCAUCAAAUACAACAUGGAGAAAAAGACGCAAUCCUAGUGGCAGAAUGAAGCUGAUGUGAAGUGUUAUCUUCAGGAACCAGUGGCAGAGCGCGGCCCUGUGGCCAGAACAUCUACAUUUACUGGACAUCAAAACUAGUGCACCUAAAUAUCGUCUGUGAUAAACAAAUUACUGUAGUUGCACUUAAACGUCAUCCCGAUAACAUAGGGUUUAAAUAAGUUUUAUUCACUUUUUACUGCAAAGACAGCCAACCCGAAACAACAAACCCAAAAACGACACAGCUUCUAUGAUUUUAACCUUUUUCUAAGAUUUUUAUAACGUGCGCUGUCACAUAUUAAAUGUAAUGAGGGAGAAUGCGCACCUUCACCAAACUUGCCUGUUGCACAUUAGCUCCAUUGAAUGUUGCACAUUUGCAACAAGAGUCAAGGCAUAAAAGCUUUGACUUAUCUCCACUCAAUCAUAUACAUUUUAACUUUUUUUUUUUUUUUGGGUGUGCCCUAGUGCAAGGCGUUAGGCUGUAUGAUAAAAUGGGAGAGAAAAAAUGUUGAUUUCAAACUAAUGUCAGUUGAUGGUGAUGGAAUUGUAUUUAAUAAUUAUUCGGUGCUAAUGUAAAAGCUUUUAAAUUCUGUUAUAUAUUUUAUGUAUUGAAGCUUCCCUGGUUGUAAGGUGAGGUAUAAGAGCUAGAGCUGUCUAGGUUGUGUGACUGGUGUAAUAUUAACUGGACAAGGCAGGCUGCUUCUGUUACUGCUGUCCAGUUGUGUAUUGUGAGCUACUGUCAUGACAUUCACGUUAAUUUAUUCCCUUUAAUGUGUCAUAUCCACAUUAAUUUGUUCCCCCGAUUGGUGAUCUCAUUACAGGUGGUUUCUGGAUUUAUUGAAAUAAAUUGACAGUGUAGAACCUAAACAUGGUUUAUCAUCUCUUAACGUGUGAGUAAAGGGACAUAAGGCUUGUUUGCACCACGAUCAUAGCUAUGAACCUGGUAAUUCUUUGCCGUCUGACCUUAAACCUGAUUUUAGACAUGAUGACAUCAUGUAAAACACCGUAACAUGAAUAUCAACCCGUGUCAUGGUGCCAGAUGUUGUGGCAACAUUAUGCCCCUUAGAAAAGCAGAUGAUGGAACAUAAAAAGCAAAAAAUGAAAUUUGUUCAUCAGAUUGAAAGAUAUAUAGGACACAAGGAGCUUACAGUAAACGUCUCCUCCCCUGCUGGCCAAGUCGGUAUCUUUUUUUUUUUUAACACGUAACAUUGUGACAUUCCCAUUAUAUUCCCAAGUUUAAUCAAAAUUCAAUCAAUGGCUAUAAAGAAAUUGUGUACAUUGACGAGGGAACCAACGGUGCAGAACCUUCUCAAACAAAAGUGUAAUUUUGAAAAUGCUGAAACAAGAGAGAUUCAUUUUCCACGUUUAGUCCAAAUCUGAUCUGUAAUGUAUUGCAUAUUGAUUUGUGACCCAUAGCAAAUAAAUUUUGCCUCCCCUCAGUAAAAGUUUGAAUAAACGUUUCCAAAUGAGAAACCAAGUUUCA